AUGCAAAAGCUACCCGGAAGUGUAAACCGGAAAAAGAACACUAGACCGGAACGAUUAUUUCUCUCUGUUGUCUGCUUUACUUUUACGUUUCUGUUACCAUUUCUCACAUGUUCUCUCUUUUCUCCUCUCCCUUUCCCUCGCUUACUUCUUGUCUCUUUCCCUCCCGUUUUUGUUGUUAUUGCUUCUCUCUCUAUCCCACACAAGUUACUCUCUUUCAUUGCUUCUCUCUUUUUUACACAAUUCUUUUACCCUUUCAAUGAACAGUAUGUACUUCUCCAUUCCUGCCUUCUUCACCUAUUCCUGUUUUUCUCAGCUCCUUUCUACUCUAAAUAUUUCUUUUUCUUUCCCAAAACAACUCCCAGCAACUUUUAUCAUUAUUUUUUUUUUGUAUUAAUCAAAACCGUUUCUUUACUUGACGUCAUUUGUAUUGCGUAUAUGUUUGUGUUUACUUGUGGGUACACUACCGUCUCUCUCUCUCUCUCUCUCUCUCUCUCUCUCUCUCUUUCUCUCAUCAUUUACUCACUGCGUGUGUACGUGUAUGUAUAUGCAGUUGUACUUGUUAGUGAGGUCUUCUUGAUGGAAAAGAACAAGCCUUACGAACGUGUCUUGCCUGUGUGCGAGUUUUAUGUGUACAACAGACGUGUGUCUACUACGUGA